GAGGGAAGCAGGCGCGCGGCACGGGGACCCGCCGGAAGAAGCAGCUGCAGCAGCUUUAGCGCGAGCUGGACGCAGACCGACAAAAACAGCGGCAGCACGAGCGACACCGCGGCGGCCAGCGGGGCGAAGAGGAGAAGGAGGAGGAGGAGGCGGCACCUGCACCGCGACUCGUUCUCCCCCGCUCCCUCCGUCGUCUCUCUCUCUUCGUUCUCCUCACCCCUCGUUCCUCCUCUCGGACCGCCGCCGCUUCCUCGUUAAGAUGGCUGACCCCAACAGCGAAGGAGAGGUACCGGAGGGCGCGCGCGGCUUUGCCCGUCAGGGAGCCCUCCGUCAGAAGAACGUGCAUGAGGUGAAGAACCACAAGUUCAUCGCGCGCUUCUUCAAGCAGCCAACCUUCUGCAGCCACUGCACGGACUUCAUCUGGGGCUUUGGGAAGCAGGGAUUCCAGUGCCAAGUGUGCUGUUUUGUGGUCCAUAAGCGCUGUCAUGAAUUUGUCACCUUUUCCUGUCCGGGGGCCGACAAAGGACCUGCCUCCGAUGACCCUCGUAGUAAACACAAGUUUAAGGUCCACACUUAUUCCAGUCCCACCUUCUGUGACCACUGUGGGUCCCUCCUUUAUGGGCUGAUACACCAGGGAAUGAAAUGUGACCACUGUAUGAUGAACAUCCACAAGCGAUGUGUCGCCAACGUCCCGAGCCUGUGCGGGACCGAUCACACAGAAAGGAGAGGACGCAUCCACAUCUCUGCGCAGAUCACUGACGACACUCUGACCGUCACCAUCAAAGAGGCUAGGAAUCUGGUGCCCAUGGACCCCAAUGGCCUGUCAGACCCCUACGUCAAACUCAAGCUGAUCCCCGAUCCCAAGAGUGAGAGCAAGCAGAAGACAAAGACCAUCAAAUGUUCCCUCAACCCCUCCUGGAAUGAGAGCUUCACUUUCAACCUCAAAGAAAGUGACAAAGAUCGCCGUCUGUCAGUGGAGGUCUGGGACUGGGAUUUGACCAGCAGGAAUGACUUCAUGGGCUCCCUGUCCUUUGGGAUCUCAGAGCUACAGAAACAAGGAAUAGAUGGAUGGUAUAAGCUGCUGUCCCAGGAGGAAGGAGAAUACUUUAAUGUUCCCGUCCAGCCAGAUGGAGAGGAUGGUAAUGAGGAGCUACGGCAAAGGCUUGAGAGAGCGAGAGUGGGUCCUGGGAAGCCAACUGACUCCUCUUCUUCCUCCUCCUCGGUGUGCAAGUAUGACAGCAACGGCAAUCAGGACCGCGUCAAGCUCUCAGAUUUUAACUUCAUCAUGGUUCUGGGCAAAGGCAGCUUUGGCAAGGUGAUGCUGGCUGAGAGGAAAGGUACAGAUGAGUUGUAUGCCAUCAAAAUCCUGAAAAAAGAUGUGGUGAUCCAAGAUGAUGAUGUGGAGUGCACCAUGGUGGAGAAGAGAGUCCUCGCCUUGUCGGGAAAACCACCUUUCCUCACUCAGCUGCACUCGUGUUUCCAAACCAUGGACCGACUGUAUUUCGUCAUGGAGUAUAUUAAUGGAGGAGACCUCAUGUAUCAUAUCCAACAGGUCGGCAAGUUUAAGGAGCCUCAUGCUGUGUUCUAUGCUGCUGAGAUUGCCAUCGGUCUGUUCUUCCUUCACUCCAAAGGCAUUGUGUAUCGGGAUCUGAAGUUGGACAAUGUGAUGCUGGACUCUGAAGGCCAUAUAAAGAUUGCAGACUUCGGCAUGUGCAAAGAGAACAUGCUUGAUGGCGUUACCACAAAGACUUUUUGCGGGACACCGGACUACAUCGCUCCAGAGAUCAUAGCCUAUCAGCCUUACGGGAAGUCUGUGGACUGGUGGGCUUUUGGAGUCCUGCUUUAUGAAAUGCUUGCUGGACAGCCGCCUUUCGACGGUGAAGAUGAAGACGAGCUGUUCCAGUCGAUCAUGGAGCAUCACGUCUCGUACCCUAAAUCCAUGUCCAAAGAAGCGGUUGCUAUCUGCAAGGGGCUGAUGACCAAACACCCAGCUAAGCGUCUGGGCUGUGGCCCAGAAGGCGAGAGAGACAUCAAGGAGCACGCCUUCUUCCGCUACAUAGACUGGGAAAAACUGGAGAAUAAGGAAGUCCAGCCACCUUUCAAACCGAAAGCUUGUGGGCGUGAUGCUGAGAACUUUGACCGCUUUUUCACACGCCACCCCCCAGAGCUGACCCCCCCAGAUCAGGAGGUUAUAGCCAACCUGGACCAGCAAGAAUUCCAAGGCUUCUCAUUUGUUAACCCUGAGUACUCUUACACAGAUCACUGACCAUGCCGCAUAUUACUGGUCUGCAUUAGUUAUCCCCUACACCUCACAUGUAUACUACACACAAAAAACAAAACAAAUAAAAAAAAAAAAAUCAUCAUCAUUUCAAAUCCAUUCUGCAUUUGGCAGGGUGAAAGAAAUUGCUCAGCAUUUUGGGAAAUGUGUCUUUUUCUUUUGCUAUCAAAUUGUGAUGAGUUAAAGAAUAUCACUCCAGUGUUGGUGUGCUUGGCGCAAGAGUUCGGGAGGAAUUAAGCCUCAGUCACACAGGCUUAGAGACCACUCAGCUGUGCACUCUGACCGGUUGGAGAGUGGUUGCUGGCUGUUGCUAGGUGAAACUGGCCGCACAGAAGGUGCUGCACCAAAAACCUCCAUGCUAUUGCUUUGGCCUAUUUUACUUUGAAGGCAAACGCUUUCUAAGUAGUUUGCGAGUGUUUACAGAAAUGUUAGUGUGUUCCUAAUGUGACCCUGAUGACCUGCUAGGAACCAAAGCAAUUGCAGGGAUGUUAUCAGCACAACACCCUCCUUGCAAACAAUUUCACCUAACGACAGCCAGCAACCCCUCGCCAACUAGUCACAGAAUACACAUUUUUCCCUAGCAACGGGUUAGUUACCAGGCGGUCACUGACCGGCAGUUAGCAAGUUUGGAGGCACCCAGAAACAGCUAGCCUGGCUCUUUCCAAUCUCAACAAUAUACCAACCAGAACUAAAGUACAUUAGUGUGUUGUCUCUGUGGUUUUACAGAAAUGUGACAACGCUAAUCUGUCAGCAUAUGUCACACUAAAUUACAUGCUGUAGCUAUUUGGUUAAAACCAUAAAUAAGCAGUAUUGUAAAACUGUGUGGUAGAGAGAGUUACACCAUAUAAAACCUCCCUAAACGAGAUUCUUAAAGGACGGCAGUGGCCUGUAGGGAAAGAGUCGCAUGACAGACUGAAAGGCAUCAUUUAGCUGCUUUUGGGCAGCAUUACUGGUUUACCUUCGGGUAAUGCAGAAAAGAGUCUGACAACAAAUAGACAACGUACAGCUACUGAGCAAAAGAAGAGCUUUAUAAACACCUUAAAUUUUACACAGCAGGAUAACAUCCUAAUAAUUCAUAUGUUAAUCUAAAAAAACUCUACAGUCUGCUCUAUUGUACUUUUUUGUGUUAAUUAACAUGCUAGUGAGCACAGAUAAUGACUCUAGCUUUGCUCCCACUGUCAGGUGAAUAACUUUUGCCUUGAAGGUUGCUGCAUUUGCUUGAACGUUUAGACUGGAAAGAUUAAAACAUUAAAUAAAACAUCUUUGUGUAGUUUAUGGUAGUUGUUGUUGCCAAAUUAGUGAGGAGAACCAGGCUAGCUUCCAGCAUUAAUGCUAAGCCAGGCUAACUAUCCAAGCCUAACACCUCUGUACUUACACAAGAGUGAUAUUUAUCUGCUCAUCUGACUUUCAGAAAGAAGUUAAAUGGGUGUAUCUCCUGUGUUAUUUAAAUGACGUUCACACAGAAAUCCAGACAGGUGCUCAACUGAUAGCAACCGGCUAAAAUAAUCACGUGUCAAGGUGCCAGUAGGCCGCUAGUCUUGUUUGCAGCAGCGACACUGUUCUGAGUUUAUUGUAGUUUAGCGUGUCACGUAACACUGCUGCUCCCGUAGCAGCUCUACCGGCUGUAUUUUUAUCUAUAGUGCAGACAUGUUGCUCGCUCCUGAAUGCCACACGGCUGCUCACACCGGCAGGCUGACGUCAUAGUCCGACCUCAGGGCCGACUUUAGCCUGCCCUGUCUCUGUGUUACCCUCCUUUGUAACUGCAUAUUGACUAUGACAACCUAUCAGUGAUAUUGAUGAGUGUACUAUGAUCACAUGUUGGUAAUUCAUGCAGUGUAAGUGAAAACUGACCAAUUGCUUUGCUAUGAUUGUUUGACUACUAAUCAUUUUACAAAUGUUGACUUUACUUUUGACUAUUGGACCAAAUAUUUUCUGUUAUGUCAGUGUUGUGGUGAGCUUAGCUGCAUUUUUUGGCUGAUUUUAAUUUUUAAUCACUCAGAGGAUAGAAAUCUUUAUACAUGCACUCAGCAAAGGUCUGCAUCAAGUUAGUAAUUUUUUUUUUUUUAAAGCUCUUCUCUUGAUCAAUUUCUGAAAACAAUCUCCACAUUACACUGUGUUUUUAAUGGCAGAGGUCAUAUCUCUUUGCUUGUAGGCAACCAUCUUUGGAGAAUUUCACAUAUGAAAAGAUGAAGGUGUUUAGACUUUUUUGAAGCUGGUAGUUUGUUAGCUUACCGAAACAUGAUGUCCAAAAGUGCCAAAAUAAAGUUCAGAGUCAUGAGGAGGCGAAAAAUGUCCUCAACAACUGUGAUGAAGGCAGCCGUCUUGUGCCAUUUUGCAGUACAUGUAUAAUUAUAGUUUAUCUGUUCACCAAUAAUACAAUACCCAUAAUUUUCAUAUAUAAAAUGAAAUGUCUGAGUUGUAUUAUACUUUUGUAACUGUGUAACAAUGCAGGGUAGUAACAGUGUGUCAAAUGAUGUUUUUUGAGAUCGUAUCAAAAAAAAAAAAAAAAAAAGAAGUGACAGGAAGGCGA